AUGAGUAUUUUAGCAAAGAUAUUAUUCAUUUGUUUCAUAUUCGAAACGGUAACAUCUGAUCCUAUCAAUCGUCAUAUGAAAAUUGAUGGGAAUUUUGAUGAUUGGAGAAACGUACCAUCUUAUAGUGAUCCUGAAGAUAAUCUAAAAGGUACUGUGUACGAUGUUAGUCCAUGGUUUCCAUCAUUCAAAUUUCCUGAUUGUCAUGAUGCAGAUACCCGUGACACAACAACUACACCAAAACAUGUCUACAAUCCAAACGUAAAUAUUGUUGAAUUCAAAAUAGCACAUGAUAAUACUUCGAUAUAUGUAUAUUAUCGCGUGGCAGAUGGUGGAGUCAUUGGAAAAACAUCAGUUGGACCUAGUGAAUUCAAUAAGAACAAUCCAUCGGAACCAUCAGCUGGAAGAUUUUAUGUUAUAGCAGCAGUGAAUAUUGACCAUAAUGAUACAACUGGGUAUUGGUUGCACGGUGGUGCUUAUCAUCCAACAGCACCGGGAUUUGAUGGAAACUUUGAAAUUGAAUUUUACAAUGGUUCAUUCAAUCAGAAUUAUUAUCUUGACCAUGGUGCUAAUAAUGACACACAAGCAAAUUAUUUAAAACAAGAAAACAAAAAGAAUCGCUUUGUAAUGCUUCCAUCUAUUUAUCCAUAUUAUACUCAAUAUGUUUAUUGGAAUCAUCAGCCUACUUCGGAUGAAACUCAAAGAUGUUUCGAUGGACCGUACCGACUACCACGACCAUAUAGUAAUAGAUACAUAUGUUAUAGUAGAGAUAUGGCACCAGGACCAUUCAAUGGUAGUCUGACUUAUGCUCGAAGUGAAAAAGGAAAUGAAUUUGAAAUGCGAGCACCAUUCGAAGGAUUCUUAUUCAAUCAACACACAGGUGGACGAACUCUUCAAUUAGGAAUGACAAUAAAUGUAUCAUUAUCAUUAGAAACAAGUGCGGAAUAUUCAAUACCACGUGAUUGGUCAUCGGAUACAACAGCAACAAUUCAAUAUACGCUAUCUGAUACUGUUGUAUAA